GUACCUCUGAUUCUGACCACGCUGAAGCAAAUAGUCUCAAAAGGAAGGGUGGAGUCAAACAGGAGUCUGCAACUCGCAGGGCAAAACAACCUGCAUAUUUUGUAGCUGAACUCGCACAUGUGGUAGCGAUGUGUGAUGAAAGAUUGCCGUUUGUUACCCUAGCGAUCGAGUUGACGAAACGUAACGUUUUCCACCAAGGUCUGCAGGUGGAGCCCAAUGCAACUGGUUUAGUGCUGAAACUCAUUCAGUUACCUGCUCCGACAAAGGAGAUUAGUACUUCGUCUGCGUGGCAUGCACUGCUGAAGAGGCUGCUCUCCGUCUCUAUGAGAGUGUUGAGUAAAGGUGUUAUGAAGAGUUGGUUGGUCGAGAUGGUGUUUUAUUCAUCGCCUCUUUCCAGCACGCAUCCCAAAGAAAUGGGUUCUAGGCGGCCGAUUAAUUUUCAGUACGAGAUGGCCACUGUUGAGAAUACUUCUAAAACGGCAGAUUCAUUGAUAAGCGACUGGAACCAAAUAGUUCAUCUCUACACCAUUGUUUACGAUUUGAGUGAAUAUUUGAAAAUAGACAAAUACGGCUUCCUGAAUAAUUUUUUCUGCAUCAAAUCCUACAACUAUACAAAGCUGGUGCUGUGUUAUGGUUCCGACAAGGGUGCAAUGGUAUCCAUAAUGUGGAAUAGUUCCAAGAAAGCAUUCAAACUAGCAUUCGGAGCGACGAAUAACGCUUUGAAUGCUCAUUCGUUAAUACAGGAGCAAUUGGAAUCGCACCUCAACGAGCAUAGGAAUCUGGCGCAAAUUAUCCAGCUUCUAAAUGAUACCUACGAACCACUCUUGUCGAUCAGUAAACUGCCUACCCUUCCACAGUUAGGAAUCCACAAUACGAGACACCAAGUUCCUGUGCAGACAUUCACCAUAAUGGCGCAGUCUUGUACCUUGAUCAGGUUGGCCUAUCAGGGGAUGUACUGCCUCGAAUUGAGGAUAAGGGGAGGGGGCCUGGUCUCGCUUCGAGAUGGUGCUUACAGCAGGUUCGAUCGGAGCAACGUGGUUGAUGUUUUCACGCCUACGCAAGGCCUGAAGGCAUUUUUGUCGAAGUACGUUGACGAAUCUGCUGUGUUUAGGAGGCGUUCACAGUCUGAAGACGAUAAUCCUCCUUCUCCAAUGGAGGUCGAAGGAAGCGGAUUUCUUGGUAAGAUGAAUUUUGGUUGA